GACAGGUGCAUCAAAAUAAUUUGUAAUAAAAAGUUCCUGAAAAUUUUCUCCAGUUUUGCCUAUUUUAGAAGCAUUAAAGUCCAAAAUACACGUAUGUUAAAAGGCGGAGAUAAGAUUUGGCCCACUCGAAUUGAUUCAGCUAUUGACGAUUGGGAGAAUAUCGCAUUUUCAUGAUCAAACUGACCAAUCUCGUCUUAUGGAAUUAAGCUAGGCAAAAAAAGAAUUUUCGAAAAAGUUCAUUUAGUUACCAUAAUGUUACGAAAUAUAGGCAUUAGAAUUCGGACCAAUAUCUGCAAUAGAUGUCUAAAAAACAUUGGCAUCGAGAGACUUUACCACAACCCUGGAUCAUAUUCAUCUCAAGAAUUGACAAAUCAGAAACAUAAAAAGAGUUUAUUUCAUCUCAGAUUGUCUACCAAUAACCAGCGACUAAUUAGUUUUUGGGGAGCCUCUACUGCAAAUGACUGGUCUAAAGCUAUCUCAGAUGCUGAGAAAAUUGUCGGUUAUCCAACAUCAUUUAUGAGUUUAAGAUGUCUGCUCAGUGACGAACUAUCAAAUAUAGCUGUUCAGAUGAGAAAAUUAGUGGGAACAAAACACCCUCUCCUAAAAACAGCGAGGGGUUUUGUAUAUGAUGGUAAACACACAAUGCAGACCAGGGGCCUAGUUGUUUUGUUAAUUUCUAAAGCAGCAGUUGGCACAGAAGUUCCCAGUGAACAGGAACUAAUUGCAGGAAUACAUCCCAAGCAAAGACAACUAGCUGAAAUCUCUGAGAUGAUCUACACUGCUAAUUUAAUCCAUAAAGGAGUUAUAGAUGUCAGUGAUAUGUCCGCAGAAGACGGCUGCCAAAAGGAUUUGGAAUUUGGAAACAAGAUGGCUGUACUCAGUGGUGAUUUCCUAUUGGCUAGUGCUAGUAUGGGACUAGCUGAGCUCCAUAAUACAAAGGUUGUUGAAAUCGUAUCUGGUGCCAUUGGUGAUUUGAUGCGAGCAGAAUUCACUGAAUUAUGUAGCCCUCGAGGUACCCCUUCCCUUACCUCAUCAACAACUUACCAGGACUGGGAAACCCAGACAUUUUUGUCCUCAGGGAGUCUCUUGGCAAAGUGUUGUCAGUCCACGUUGGAAUUAGCAGGGCACUGUAAAGAGAUGCAAGAUAAGGCAUUUCAGUAUGGGAAACAUUUAGCUUUUGCUCAUCAGUUACAUGAAGACUUGCAACCAUUCACACAUCCCACUGAUGAAAACGGAGACCAGAUUAGCCUCGGCUCAGCCCCUGUCAUUCUACAUUACAGCAAACCAGAGAAUAAACCCCACCUUAAUAGACUACUAGACAGCCAUGUUGACCAGAAAAAGUUACGAGAUACUAUACUAUCAGGAACUGCUGUUGAAGAAACAAAGAGACAUUGUAAGGAGAAUGGAAAAAUUGCCAUAAAUGCGAUUGAAAGUUUUCCUUCUUCUGAGGCAAAAACUGCUCUAGAGAAUAUGAUAAAUGCAGUAACAAAUAACUCAAGGUGA